AUGGAAAGUGCCGAAUCCACUCCUGGCAAACGAUCAACUGAAAAGAAAACUUUCGAAGUCGUUUACAUCAAAACAUUACUCCUUCAUGACGUUCAGGCAUCGGAUCGUGUACAUACAAAUGGAACAGAAAUACGCUUGGGAGAAACAAACAUCUUUACCUGCUACAAUACCAUGCCAGGAGCUUCGCAAAUAUUCACCCGGGUUAACCUCCCGCCGAAGGUUGAACGCGCGAAAAAAGACCCCGAAUUAACAGAAUGGAUGUCUCGUCAUGGUCCUGUUUUAGGCUCGCAUCAACCACUGACAGUUCAAAGAAGCGAACACGACGCUUUUAUUACCAAAAGCCCAUACAAUAUUGGAAAAAUUGAGCAUACAGCGCUUAAUGGACCUCACGGCACAAUCCCUGUCAGAGUUUACCAUGCUUCGAAGCGCGGUCCUGCUCAUGGAGCAGCAUUGAUUUAUUUACACGGAGGAGGCUAUACAGUCGGCACACUUGAUCAGUUCGACAAUGCCAUGAGAAUUUUUUCAGAAGUUAGCGGCUGUCAAGUGUAUAACGUCGAUUACAAGCUUGCGCCAGAAUACAAGUGGCCUACUCAAAUGAAUGAGGGCGAGUUUGUUGUCAGAUGGCUUUUCGAAAAUGCAAAAGAGAGAGGUGUAGACGCAAAGCGUAUUGCUAUAGGAGGCGAUUCUGCUGGAGGAAACAUGACUUGUUCCAUUACACAAAAGCUGCGCGACGAAGGUGGGCCGCAAGUCGCGUUACAAAUACCAAUAUACCCCGAGACAAAAAUGCCGUUUGAGACAAAAGCUGCUGUGGAGAACAGAGUAGGAGAAUAUGUAGAAACAGCGGGUGUUUUCAGCUUUUUAUGGAAUUUGCUGCCACCCUCUGUAGAUUAUACCCAACCUUACGUGACACCUCUUAAUGCGAAAGACUUUAGCAACUUACCAAGAGCGUUGGUGAUAAAUGACGGAUUUGAUAUGCUACGCGACGUUGCCCACGAGUACGCUCGCAAAUUAGCAGCUGCUGGAAAUGAUUUAGUUUAUAUCUACAACGAUGAUCUUCCUCAUGGGUUCAUUCAAAUGGCCCCCUUUGCCGGUCGAUGUUUAGAAGCUACCGAGGAGAUUGCCAAUUACAUUGGAAAACUCCUGAAGGCAUGA